UUUUAUUACAAAAAAUAAUUUAAAUUUGCCCCAAAAAUGCCGCAGUUGUAUAAAGAUACCUACAAGAAAGUCUAUAACCACAAUUUCUUCUCUGCAGCCAACUUCUGCACCAUGGUUAUGGUGUUCUUUGUGGUGGUGAUGCCCUUUUUCCUUGGGUAUUUGUCACAGAACUUUUAUAAGAAGUCAGGAAUAUAUUUUGAGAUGCCGAAAGUGUCCUUCCUUAAAGAGUUUGCUAUCGAGACAGUAGAGGUAACAGCGAGUGCAACUUCUACAAAGUUCUUCACAACUGUUCCUACGUAUACGCAUAAGAAUUACAAUACGCUAGCUCCUCCAUAUUUCUCGUAUUAUAAAGAGGAUCAAGACAAUGAUGACCAUCCAGAGAAAUUUGUAUUUGAUAUUAACAUCAGAGGAAACCCAGAGAGCUUGACUCUCGCACUUGCGUUCCAGUAUGACAUUGAUGAAAUAAUCGAAUCCAAAAUGAAAAAUAUGGUAUAUAUUAAUGUAAAUGACCCCAAUGGAAUCUCUAAGGUAGACGCUUAUGGUGUAUUUGCACUUGCUCAGAGAAGUCCAAGAAAGAACGAGUAUCAAGAAUCAGUGAUUUACAACUCAAGUCCUUUGGACAAGGUGUUGAAUUCCUCUCUGACUCAAUUGUACAAAGACUAUCUCUCAAGGCAGGAAUACUCAUAUUUCUCAGGAAAUACAGUAGUUUCACCAUAUGGUGACCCAAAUAUGGUACAGAUUCACCUUGAAGUGAGUAUUCCAAAGCUACAGGAGAUCAGGUAUACUCCUGCUUUGCUAGAAUCUCUGAAGUCAGCCUGGGUACAGUACAUAUACAUCCUAAUUCCCUUCUAUAUCGUGCUGAUAUUGCUAAUUCUUCGUUUUAUACUGAGUAACCAGAUCAUUGAGACUCAUAUCUUCAACAACUUGCCUACUAAGAAGGAUCUGAGAUGGUACAGGAAGUUCAGAGAGCUCAUGCCUAACCAAGGACAAUAA